UCGUAUCUUAUUGGUCAAGCGACGGAGGCGGAAGUCAAAGCUGCUUACUGAUUGGCUUAGAGAUGUAGCGUCGUUAUAUUUGAAAAGACGCUCCUUCUCGUCUGUUGUUGGUGACGGUAGAGAUAGUUCGUUAGAGGCAGAGCAUAAACAAAAUUCGCCAUGGCACCGAGAAAACGCACCCAGAAUUCAAAAACCAAGAAAAAUCCGAAGACGCGCAAACUGGAGGCUUUUCUGCUUGAUUUUGACGAUGAAGUUCAUACCAUUGUUGAAAGGUUGAAGGAAAAGACCAACCAUCUUCUGAAAGAUGCAGACAACCUGUAUAAAACGGCACUUAUCAAACUCCCCAUGGCAGUGAGGAAAAUGAACUGGAGAGAGUACUGUAACUUGGAGAAGCCAAAGUCACCAGUGGAUGAUUCAAAGGUACGAGAGGAAGCUGCCCAGGUGGAACUUGCUAUUGCUAAGAAUCAUGCAAUUCCUGCUGAAAUUUUAACAGAAACCAAGAACAGUGCAAACUCUGAGGAUGAAAACAUUGCUCCCCGAAAACCUACGGUGAAAAAGAAGAAAGCACCAAAGAAGGCACCUUCAACCUCCAAGAAGGCCAGAGCUCUCUCCGUCAGCAAGCAGGGCAACACCAUACGCAAGUCUACAAGAAAGCCUCUGGUCACCCCUGCUAGAACUUUACUAGAGUCUUCAAUAAUCGGUCCAACACCACUCAUGACACCACGAUUUGACCCCAGAUUGCCGAAGACUCCAGCAGUGAGACUUCCAAAGCACAAGGAAAAGGUGUAUAGCAUGUCUGUCAAUGGCUCACCCAUUUCUGGGAGUGCAGACAGUAUCGUCAUUAGUGUUCCUCUUGGAAAUGGAGAGUGUAUUCAGCUGCUGGCCAAUGAGAUGGACUCUGUGGAUCUGAGUCAGCUAGAUGAGAAUGCUUUACGGAGUAUCAGAAACCUUCAGAAUCGUCUGACAACUCUUUGUGGAACAUCAAAGUGAACCCAUUUUCAACAUGAGAUUUGUAAAGCACACUGUCCUUUAUUUUUCCUUUGUUCGAUCGUCAUUGUAUUUUAAGACUGAUUUUAUUCUUGUAUGCUGUGAGCUUUUAAAGGAUAAAUGUAAAUACCAUUAGUAGUAGUUUUGUAUCGGCCAUUAUCUUUGUAUUGUGUUCCAGCUUCUGUAAAUAUGACUUUUAAAAAGACCACAUUACACAA